UUGAUGUUGGGACGUGCUGACUGUUCUGAUUGCAUGUGGGUUCAUUUCCUCCGUGUGUUUCAGGGAAUGGCUACGCACGGACGAAGCCGCUCCGCUGGUGGUUCCGCCCCGCACGGAGAGGAGCGUCGAGGGACGACGUCGUCGUCGGCAAGGGAAACGAGUCGGGGAGUUGGAGGUGGGGAGGAAGAACGACGUGCUCAAAACUUGUGGUGCGACUACAGCAAACGUGUCUGGUAUUUGGACUGGGCGAGCCAGGACGGCUCCCACCCGUUGCAACCACCGUGCGGGCCGCUCUUGUUCGUCACCGUUCGCGCCGACAAAACGCGUCUCGCAGGGUCCAUCGUCCAGUGGGUCGACGAUGGCGAAUUCAAUUUCAAGUUUACGUUGAAGAAGCGUUACAGAAGUGAUGGUUUUGUCGACAGCAUCGCAAAGGGAUGCAAGGUUGCCGGGAGGAUGUUCGGCGGGUACGGCCGUCGUGCGAUGUCUUUGCCUCACUUUCUCCCGCUAGCUCCGGGGCCCAAUGAGGUCGUUCACGUCACAGACUUCCUCGAGGUCUGGGCGAAAUCUGGUACCUCUGUCAGUGCUGUGGACGUCGGACCUGGAACAUCGAUCAGUGGUCCUGUUGGGUUCGUGGGAGGAGAGUGCUCUGAAAGGGAGAGGGGAGGUCAGGGUGGCCUGCCAGCUACGCCUCCUGAUCAAGAGGUGGGCAUGUUAGACGACUCGGAGGACGACCAUCCGCGUGCUCCUUUGAAACCGGGCUUGCAUAUAUCUCGCCGCCAUGGUUUGCUUGGGGAGUCGACGCCACAUGGAGGCGGCGAUGGCGAACGGUUGCGACAGGGCUCAGAAUCGAUGACUCCUCGUGGUCUGGUCGAAAGGAUCGGUUCGUUCGUUCGUGGCAUGCAGGUGGUCAAGAUUUCGCCUGGAGAUCGAGCGGGUGGUCCGCAGGUUCGAGAGGCGCGUGGGUCAGAUGAGACGACUCGCCGGGCCCGACCAGCGCCUGGGGAACUACAGACGGAGUUGAGCCAGGAACGAGAAGCAAGUGGGAACGUCGCCGGUGAGGAGGAGGUGUCCGAGUAGGGGCUGUUCGGUGAGAGAUCGGCUGAAAAGACUCAGUCGGGAGGCAAGCGCAACUUGCCGGAUGAGGAAGAGCGAGAGGGACUAGGUGCUCUGAAAAG